AUGGCGCAAAAUUCAUGGCGUCCGGGAAAACGCGUGGCCAUUGUUGGAGGAGGGCCAGGAGCAAUCUCCACGGGGAUUGCUUUCUUAAAGCGAGGUUUUGACGUCCGCAUCUUUGAGCGACAGCCAGCAUGCAAGGCCAUCGGAGGCGCAGUUCUCCUGUCCACUCCCGUAUUGGCCAUCCUUCGCAACUACGGCAUAGACGAAGAGCACUUUGGCUCCUACACCGUCACCCAUUUCACCAAUGAGACCGGUGGAAAGCGAGUCGAGCUACCCUUUAACGCGGAGAUUGAACGAAAGAUGGGAAUCAAGGGUUGGCAUUACGGUGUUCUGCGGUCAUCGAUCUUCAAGAAGAUGCUGGAGCUGGUGCCCGACGAGGUCAUCUCGGCCGGCCACGAGUUCACCCAUUAUGUGGAACAGGAGAACGAGGUUGAGUUGCAUUUCAAAAACGGUCAGCAAAUCACCGCCGAUAUUCUCGUGGGCGCGGACGGGAUUCGCUCUCAAGUGUCCCGACAGGCCUUCGGGGACCCUCAGCUGUUUCAUUGUGGAAUUCGACUCUGGCUGGCGUGGUGCGACUACAUCCCCGGCAUUCCGCCUCAUACGGGCUUCAUUUCCCAUGACCGUCUCCACCAGGCGAGCUUCUUCCCUAUGACCCAUGAUGGGAAACCGGGGUUCGAGUGGUGGGUGGUUGAGCCCUCCUGGGAGGGAAAGCCCAUCCCCACCGACGUCAAAGCCCAUCUCACUGGGAUCCUGAAGAAUUGGGCACAGCCGAUGCCUCGAUUCCUGGACGCCACCAACUUUGACACUCAGGUCUACCGGUGGGAGAUUUAUAACCGACCUUCGCUGAAGAAAUGGUCCUCGGGUCGCGUGGUCUGCGUGGGGGAUGCGGUGCACCCGGUCUCACCAUAUGCAGCGUACGGCAUGGGUAUGGCCAUUGAAGACGGGUACUUUUUGGCCAGAGCUCUCGAUGGAAUGGAUCUUCGCCAGAUGCGCACGGUCUCGGCAGGGUUUGAGCUUUAUGAGCAGGAACGAGUCGACUAUGUGAAUCACAACAUGGAGUUUGCGCGGUAUAUUGGUAGGCUCUUUCACAGUGUUCCACGGCCACUCGCCAACAUCCGAGACUGGAUCUUUGACUAUACCCCGCUGUUGGGCUACUUUAUGAAGAGUGGGUAUCUCAAAAAUUCAGAAGAAGAGACGCUCCGUUUGAAAGAGCUCCAUGUUUGUUGA